AUGGAUUAUAUUGGAGAAGCUGUAGGAAACAUGAUAUUUGGUGAACAGGGAACCAAGGGCGAGUGGGAAAAAACGCACCGCUAUAAUUCCUUUGCUUCCGAAAGAGAAAAUUGUCAUGUAAAAUGGUAUGUCGAUGGUAAAUCCUAUUUUUAUGCUGUCUCGGAAGCUCUUAUGGCUGCCAAAGAGGAAAUUUUCAUUGAAGACUGGUGGCUUUCACCUGAAUUGUAUCUCCGUAGACCUCCUUCCAAAAAUGAAGAUUAUCGACUUGACCUUCUUCUUAAAAAGAAAGCAGAAGAAGGAGUGAAAAUUUAUGUUGUUAUCUAUAAAGAAAUGCCCAAAACUUUGACUUUGAAUUCUAGGCAUAGUAAAGAUAUUUUGCAGAAUUUGCACGAGAAUAUUGUUGUUCAAAGACAUCCUGAUCAUGGUCUUGAUGGCACUUUCUUUUGGGCGCAUCAUGAGAAAAUGGUAGUUAUUGAUAGACACAUUUCUUUCAUUGGUGGUUUGGAUUUGUGCUUCGGUCGAUAUGAUACCCCAACACAUCAACUUGCUGAUUUUCAUGAAGCCUCUAAAAAAUACUCUAUUUGGCCUGGUCAAGAUUAUUCAAAUCCUAGGAUCAUGGAUUUCACGGACGUGCAAAAUUGGGCCAAAGGUUUAAUUGACAAAAAGAAAACUCCUCGUAUGCCAUGGCAUGAUGUUUCAAUAGGUUUCGUUGGUAGACCUGCACUUGAUGUCGCACGUCAUUUCAUUCAACGAUGGAAUUUUAUCAAAAAACAAAAGGCUCAAGACCGUCCUGUAUAUCCAGUCUUAAUUGCUAAAUCUGACGAACAACACGAUCGUGAACUACCUCCAAAGGUUAGAUCUUAUAGUUAUUGCGGAGAAAACUUCGAAUGCCAUCCGGACAAGGGUUCAUGCAAUGUUCAAAUUCUCAGAAGUAGCGCUGAGUGGAGUCAUGGUCUCGAUAAAGUAGAUCAUUCAAUCCAAAAUGCUUACAUCAAAAUCAUUGAAGCUGCUCAACACUUCAUAUAUAUCGAAAACCAAUUUUUCAUUACUGCUACUAAAGAAAGUAAAGAUUAUCCAGUAAAAAAUCUUAUUGGAAAGGCAAUAGUAGAAAGAAUUACUAGAGCCUUUAAGAAUAAUGAAAAAUUCAGAAUAAUUGUUGCCAUGCCCUUACUUCCAGCUUUUCCUGCUGAUCUUGACUCUGGCGACGCUGGUACUGUUCGUCUCGUCAUGCAUUACCAAUACCAAUCGAUUUGUCGAGGUGGACAAUCAAUUUAUGAAGUUUUAAGGAAAAACGGCGUUACUAAUCCUGAUAGGUACAUUGGAUUUUAUGCACUCCGUGCCCAUGACAAGAUCAAUCCUCAAUCUAUAGCAGAAGGAUUGGGCUUAUUAGAGGAUGAAAUAAACGCAUCCGGUACAGCUGAACAAUCUGGUGCAGACCCAGCUGUUCCUCAAGCAGUCGUUGACGAAGAUCCUUCUGGCACCUAUAUUACUGAAGAAUUGUAUAUUCAUACUAAACUUUUAAUCGCUGAUGACAGAAUUGUUAUUUGCGGUUCUGCUAAUUUGAAUGAUAGGUCACAAAAUGGUGACCAUGAUUCUGAAAUUGCUGCUGUAAUCGAGGACAAGAAUUACAUAGAUUCUAAGAUGGUUGGCAAAGAGUGGCAAGCCGGAAAGUUUGCCGCAACUUUACGUCGUCAUAUCUUCAAGGAACAUCUUGGUUUGCUUAAUGAAACUGACCACGAGAAAAUUACUCCAAUCUGUCAUCCACCACCGCUUAAUGCUGAUUUACCUCUCGAUGAUGAAGAACUUAGUCAGGCCGAUCAUGUUGUGAUAGAUCCAGCUAGCGAGGAAUUUUAUUAUAACGUUUGGCAUCGAACUGCUACGAUUAACACAGAAGCUUUCCGAACAGUAUUCCGUUCUGUUCCAGAUGAUUCUGUUACAACCUGGAAAGAAUUCAAAGCAUUUGUUCCGGAUCGAACAAAGAUUCCAACUGGACACAUUUGCGAUCCGGAAAAAUUACCCAGGGAUGUCGUUGAAUCAGAACUGAGCAAAGUCAAAGGCCACUUAGUUCAUUUCCCAUUACAAUUCAUGUCUAAUGAAACUUUGUCAGGAUCGGUUGUAAUUGAUGCAGUCACUCCUAUGGAAUUAUUCACUUAA